AGUCCAAAUCACCUGAAUGACUCCACCGUAAACAGUUUUGCAGGACUCGUAGACUUUUUUUUUUUUAACCCUCUCCUCUGAGCGAUGGAAAACAGGAUCCGACCCCUUGGUCUGACCGAUCACACCUCCGGCCCGCUCGGUAGCCUGCCGGUACCCCCUUCCCUUCUGCGCCCUCCGCCUCUCUUCCUCCAGGCUUGCAACCCCACGCUGGAGAGGGGAUACCCCCGGACGAAGUGUGCCAGGUGCAGGAACCACGGCGUGGUCUCUGCGCUCAAAGGCCACAAGCGCUUUUGUCGAUGGAGAGACUGCGUGUGCGCAAAGUGCACACUGAUUGCAGAGAGGCAGCGGGUGAUGGCCGCGCAGGUAGCUUUGAGGAGGCAGCAGGCUCAGGAAGAGAGCGAGGCCCGGGAUCUUCGGCUCUUGUACCCCUGCACUGGGAUCGGAGGGGAAGCAGGGAUCCCUCAGGGAUCGUCCAUUAGCGCCGGGGUACCCGUAUCUGUCAGCAGUAGUCCGGCAGCUGCCUGUUUUGAUGUUUUUGGGAGUGAGAAUCAGAAAGACGUUUCAGAGGACAAAUUAAGCAAGUACAACUUUUACAACGGAUUCAUGGGUCGACCUCUGUUUGCACCCCAUUCCCCACGGCUGCCCUCUCCAAGUGACAAGAAAGAGCUGUCUCCCAGCAAGGACAGCGGCAGAAGUCAAUCCCCUGCGAUGGAUCACCGCUCAGACCAUACAGAGAGCCCGCAGAGGUCACUUCCCUCCUCGGAUCCAGAGUCGGGGAGCGAGUCGGAGAAGCCCAAUGAGUAUCUGAGCCCGGACCGUGAUCCCACCGACAUCAUGGCUAAGAUCUUCCCCCAUCAGAAACGGGACACUCUGGAGUCUAUGGUGAGAACGUGCAAAGGUGACAUUGUCAAAUCCAUUGAGCUGGCGUUGAACUCCAAAGAGAACAAAAUUGACGCUGACAGCGCGCGCAGGCCUUCUGCGGGACUGCCCGGAGGGCUCGGUGCUCUGGGGGCCAAGUCUGCCUUCUCCCCCCUGCACAUACCCGCGUCCCCAGGGGGAGACAGCCUGUACGGCCUCAGCUCUCGCCUGGGCGUCAGCCCCCUGCGGCUGGCCUAUCCCUCCGCUAACGGCGGCAUGGCAGGCUUCAUGUCUCCAUACAUGACAUCAACUGAUGCCAGUGUUCCCACUGCGUCCACCUUGGACUCUUAUUCCCUCCCCGGCAUGAUCCGAGACCUGUCCUACAUCCAAAGCAAGGAGUCUCUAUGCAAUGCAGGCCUGUACACACGGCUAAACAGCGAGACCAAAUAAAAAAGGACGCAUGAAAAAAACCACUUUUUUAUUAUUAUUAUUUUGUUAACUGUAGCUUUUAAAUAACCGCUUUUCAAGUGCCUCGAACCACAAUGGUGUACUACAAUCUGACGACUUGAUGCUUUUUUUGUUAAUGUAAAUUUUGCAGAUUGUUUAUUAUGAAUAAAGUUAUCUUUUCUCGUUUUA